AUGAAGGCGGAGGAGCGACGAGCGGUCGGCUCCAGCGCCUCGCCCAGCGUCCUCGCGGUGGUCGUCGACUGCAGCCCCGUGGAGUGGGCUGCGCGGCCCGCCGAUGAGCUGCCGCACCUCCUCGAGCAGCUGAUGAUGCUCUGCAGCGCCUACUGGUCGCUCGCGUCCAGCAACCGCCUGCUCGUGGUGGGUGCGCACCCAGCCGCGGCGCGGCUGCUGUGGCCGGAGAGGCGCGAGCUCGCCGCGGAGGUCGCGCCGCCGCACAGGCUGCGCGCCGCCCUCGCCAGGGGCGUGCGGGGCCUCGUUGCUCUGGAUCCACUCUCCGACGCUGCGGCGCCGGCGCUUGCGGCGGCGCUUUCGCUCGCGCUCUGCCGGCUGGAGCGCGUGCGGCGCGAGGAGCCGCUCGCCCAGCCGCGCGUCCUCCUCCUCAGCGCCUCCGCCGAGUGCCCCUCGGCCAGCCUUCGCCUCACCAACGCGGCCUUCGCCGCGAAAAAGCUGGAGGCGCUCGGGCGUCUCUUCUCACACCGCCAGCAGCGCCGGCCCCGCGCACCCGCCGCUGCGCCGGCCUCACACCGCGUUGCAAUCGACACGGCGCUGCUUGCGCCGACGGCGAGGCUCGAUCUGGUGCUGCUCGCGCCGACGGCCGACUCGAUCUCGCUGCAGCAGCUGGCCCUCUCCGCGUGCGGCAUCGGGUGGCACCAUGCUGCCUCUCCAGUGCUGCCCGACCAGCACUGCCGCAGGCUGCUCGCUCCGCCGCCGCAGUCGAGGCUCGAGACGCGCGCGGUGUGCACACUCACCAAGCGCCACCUCGACAUCGGGUACACCUGCUCCGUCUGCCUCGCCGUCUUCGAGAAGCACUCGCUGCGCGAGUGCGCCGUGUGCGGGACGCGCUUCCCGCUGCCAAAGCUGGCGCCGGGCGCAAAGCUCAAGAAGAAAGUUGCGAAAGCGAAGUAG